CAUUUUAGCCUCUGACUGGAUGUUGCAAUGGUUCUGAGGAAGUAGAGUCUCUCUCACAUCAGCAUCUGUCUGUGCUUGCUGCUACCUACACCGAGAGAGACCUGGUGAAGCUCUGGCCCUGGGCAUCCUCAACAAUCUGAAUCCUGAGACUGCUCCUCCUGCCUUCAAACACAUUUCAUAGGUAUCUGGGAGCACAGACAGGGACAGUGGAAGCAGCCUGGAGAAAACCUAAAAUUUUCAACAUUCAAAAACACUGUAGUGGCAGUGGAUGUAGAGAGAACACUGAGUUCACUGAAGAUCUUUGUAAUUGUAAUUGUCACACUAAUUUGUUUUGACUUUCUGGCCCAGCCAAGGAGGGAUCAGUACAUAUCCGGGGUACACGGGGAAGGUACAGGAGAGCCUCCAAGGCCAUUUUGCUUGGCUCUGACUCACCCUGACUCUCCAGUGAAGCAGAAAGGAGAAAACAUCACACCUCCCAGGGGUGGCCAGCCUUUCUUUGACCAUUAUUGCGAAUCUCCAAGAGUUACUGCAGUUCCUUUCCAAAUACACAGUUAGCCUUAGUUGUGGUUCAACUAAGACUUUUUGCUCAAGGGAAGCUGUAGAAGAGGAGACAGUAUGAGGCGGGAAGAGGAGGAAGAGGAGAGAACCAGGACAAAGACAAAAGGGGACUUACAGGUAAAGGAGGAGGAGGAGAUCCACGAGACGGGAGAAUUGGUUGGCCCCUUUGUGAGUGCCAUGUCCACCCCAGUGCCCCACAACAAGGGGACCCGGUUUUCUGAGGCAUGGGAGUAUUUCCACCUGGCUCCUGCUCGUGCCGGGCACCACCCCAACCAAUAUGCCACUUGCCGCCUGUGUGGGAGGCAGGUGAGCCGGGGCCCCGGGGUGAAUGUUGGUACCACCGCCUUGUGGAAGCAUCUGAAGAGCAUGCACAGAGAGGAACUGGAGAAGAGUGGCCACAGUCAGGCAGGGCAGCGCCAGGACCCAAGGACCCAAGGGCCCCAGCUCUCCAUGGGCAUUGAGGGUGACUGGGCCAGGCUCCUAGAGCAGGUAGGGGCCCUGGCUUUAUGGGCCAGCCAAAGAGAGAAGGACCUUCUUAGGAGGGAGAGGGCAGUGGAGUGGCGGGAGCGGGCUGUGGAAAGGAGAGAGCGAGCCGUGGAGGAGGUGGAAAGGGCCAUCCUGGAGAUGAAAUGGAAGGUGAGGGCUGAGAGGGAGGCCUGCCAGGGGGACACAGACCAGCCUGCACCAGCUCAUCCUUUCCAUUUUGUUUAAGUUAGGCUUUGGGAAAUCUAUGAAAAUACUGAGUUUAGACUCAUAGCAAAGAGCCAUUUUAGUCCUAGCUUAAAUAUAUAGCAAAGCAAUUUAGUGGGAUUUUGUUUUUAAGAGAAAGAGUGCAUACUGUGGUUUAAUCUCAGCAGGUCUGAAUUAACCAAAUGCUUUUCUACAGGGUUCCUACUGCUGUGCUAAUCAAAACUUUAAAACACACUAACUGAAUAUAGAUGCCGUUUUGCCACCAUGGGUCUGUGAGUUGUUUGGGGGCAGAAUGUACCAGCCAGUCACGACUGAUGAGUGAAAAGAGUGGGCGUUAUGCCUAGUGUUUGGUUUUGGUAAAGCUGAAGGUUUUGGCAGUUGAAGCUGAUUGGGUAGUGAAUGUACCUGCACAACCAGCUCACUCUAAGAGGCCCCCAAUAUGAGCAGAGCUUAGGCUCCCUGGGACUGAGGUGUUUGCAUGCAAACUGGUGGUGAUUUGAGAACUGGAUACAGGCUUGUCCUGUGGAAUCCAGCGGUGGAAGGACAAAGAAGUUUGAGC